GAUGGUAGGCGGGUAAUCGAGCUAUUGGCUGGAGCCCCCGCCCCAGGGCGAGGAGGAGAAGGAGGGGCAGGAGGGUUUGGUUGAGCUGCAGCUGUUUGUCUGUUCGACACAGGCUUGGGGCCGACGGGGGAGACGGAGCCCCAGGAGUGUUGAAGCCUGGAAAUCCCCUCCCCUUCCCCCCCCCUUUACAGCAUUCCCCUCCCUCCACCCUUUCCCACUCUGAUAAUCUGGCCAUGACUAGCAGAAGCACAGCUAGGCCCAAUGGGCAACCCCAGGCCAGCAAAAUUUGCCAGUUCAAAUUGGUGCUGCUGGGAGAAUCUGCAGUGGGAAAGUCAAGCCUGGUGUUACGUUUUGUCAAAGGGCAGUUCCAUGAGUACCAGGAGAGCACCAUUGGAGCGGCCUUCCUUACCCAGUCCGUUUGUCUAGAUGACACAACAGUCAAGUUUGAGAUCUGGGACACAGCUGGGCAGGAGCGAUAUCACAGCUUAGCCCCUAUGUACUACAGGGGUGCCCAAGCUGCAAUCGUGGUUUACGACAUUACUAAUCAGGAAACCUUUGCCCGAGCAAAGACAUGGGUGAAGGAACUACAGCGACAGGCCAGUCCUAGCAUCGUUAUUGCCCUGGCAGGGAACAAAGCUGACCUGGCCAACAAGCGUAUGGUGGAGUAUGAAGAGGCCCAGGCAUAUGCAGAUGACAACAGCUUAUUGUUCAUGGAGACUUCAGCCAAGACGGCUAUGAACGUGAAUGAUCUCUUCCUGGCAAUAGCUAAGAAGUUGCCAAAGAGUGAACCCCAGAAUCUGGGAGGUACAGCAUGCCGAAGCCGGGGUGUGGAUCUCCAUGAACAGUCCCAGCAGAACAAGAGCCAGUGUUGUAGCAACUGAGGGGGUGGCUAGCAGCAAACAAGUAUGGAGCUAGCACGAGAGCUAAGAAAUAACCUCCAUCCCUACCCCUCAGCACACAGCCCCUACGGUAACAGCACACUGAGCCCUGGCUCCCAAGGGCUGCCUCCUGACAGCUCCGUCAUGGCACUUUUUAACGCUUCAGCAACCAACACCAGGCAGCUGUUGCCACUGGCCUCCUACCCCCUACUCUGGGGCUUGGGGGUCAACUCCCCCCAGGACUUACCUUCCAAAACAAACUUUCUUCACUUUGUAUUAUAGGUACAAGACAGCGACUUACUUAUCUUUUCUCCUCCUCCUUAGUGUUCCUCCCCAUUUUUUCAGAAAACACUUCUGACUCCUGUCCCUUCCCCUUCUGCUUUUGGUCAAUCCCUGUUCUUGAUCCUCUUUUCUCCUCUCCCCAGGAUGCAGAAAGUGGUGAACCCAGGAGCUGAGGAAGGAGGUUUCCAGUUCAUUUACAUUAAGGGCCCUGGGGGAGAAUAAAGCUCAGAGCAGGAGGGAGUAAGGAAACAUUUCCUUUUUGUUUUUAUUUGGUUGGAGUUUUUCAUAUUUGAAAACAUUGUGGUAUCCAUGAGUUGGCCUUGUGGAGGGUGUUCCUAGGCAGAGGUGAGAAUGAGGAGGCAAGCUCUCAGGCACCAGGCAGGAGGUGCCUUGUAAGCAAACUGGGCGGAGGUGGAGGUUCAGUGUCAUCUGUGGCUCUGUAACUCUUCAAAGGCCAAGUUUCCCCUCACGCAGCCUCUUAGGUAGUGUUUCCCCUAUCAUGGGGAUUGGACCCCAGAGUCCUCCAAAGAAUCUUCACUGGUUGCCUGCAUCUUUGGCUCUGCUGUGAUCUGAUUGGAGGAGGGACAGUUUCUGGUACCCAUCCUCUGAUUUAUACAUAUGCAUUUUUUUCCCUCUGGCCUUUAGAUGGCCUCAGCCCCAGCCGCCAUAUGCCCCUGCAGUUUGCACUUUAAUUGAUGGUAGUUCAGUUGGGGUACUUAUUUUAUGGAAGUUUUGAUUGAUUUACUUCCCCUCCCACCUUCUUAAUUCAAUGAAAUCUGAGGUUAAUACGAGGUUUGAGGAGAGGUUAUAGAUAAAAGUACCAGUGGCAGCUACUCAAGUCCUAUCUCCACUGUUAGCUUCCUCCAACUCUAAUUCUUAACCUAUAUUCUUGCCAACCUAGCUAUUGAGUAUAGGUUUGCCUUUCCUGGAGAAUUAACUGAGCAACUGGGGAGAGUGUCAGGAUAGCACAGGCCAAGGUAGGGAAAUAAAAAUGAGGUCAGGCAAAAGGGAGGAGUUUUCUCUCCUUUCCCAGGUUUCACACUCAAUUUGAUAUCCAUUACCAUGUCUUUUCUACUUCCUUGUAAAUAGGUAUGAUCUUUAUUCCCACUGUACAGUCUGUUCUAUCCUCUGCCUCCCAUCAGGCCCUGUUUCUUUUCCCUUUUGUUAAUAUCUUGAAUUUAGUCCCUCCAUCUUUAAUCUCCCCAUCCCUCCCCACCAUGCAACCAGUGGUUUAAUCCAUGUACCACUAGGGGCUAGUACCACAGAGGCCUCCUGUGGUGCCCUCAUAUCAUACCACCUGUUCCUGUGGACAGGGAAUGACCAGCACUGAAGGUACCUUACAACUGGCUCAUAUUAUCAGAGGACCUUGGUCCUUUCUGAAUCUCUAGUCUCUCUUCAUAUCCCUUAUCAGGUGUUUUAAGAUGUCUCUGAGAAGCCAUCAAGGCAAAAGAGAACUUUAAGUUCCUUGUUCCAGCCUAGAGUUUUGGGAAAGAAAGAAAGAGAAAGGAAAGGUCACAGUGACCUAGGAUUGGAACCUUUUUGCUGUUCUGGCUUGCAGACUACCUUCUAUCCCACAACAGCUGAGAAAUCUAUGAAGCUGAGAUUCUGAAGGACCCAGCUUAGUUUCUUCCACUUAGGCCUCAAUUCCCUUCCUUUUCCAGGGGCAGCCUUAGUUCCCAUGGCCCUGAAACACACACAUUUCCCCCUUCCUUUCCCAGAAGCCACUGACCCCCCCAAAGCACCCAGUGCAUCUAUUUUACAAGUGGAAGAACUAGGAUGGCUUUCUAAAGUCUCCUAGAAAUGAAGUUCUUUCUCUGUGCAGCUUUCCCCCAUGGAGCAGAGUGAAGAUGUUUCAUUGUCUUGGGGCUGGGAAACCACUUCCCCAGGCUUCUCCCUCCCCCACCCCCAUAGGAAAAGGAUUUGGCCUUAGCUUCUGGGCCUAUCGGCUGCCUUCCCUCUACUUCCUACCACCUCUUCUGCCUUCCUUUGAGCUCUGUUGGGCUUGGGGAUCUUAGUUUAUUUUUUUGUAUUAUUUCCCAGCUCAUUUUUUUCUUCUGGUCAGUUUUUUUAAGGGGGGGUGUUUUGGUUUUUUGUUUUUGUUUCGCUUCUAAGAAAGCAUUUGCCUUUCUUCCUCUCCCAACAUAACAAUCGUGGUAACAGAAUGCGACUGCUGAUUUACCGAUGUAUUUAAUGUAAGUAAAAAAAGGAAAAAAAGAAAA